AUGGCCGCAACGAUUUCCUCAAUCGACCACGUCGAGCAUCAACUACAACAGCAUACAUUGACGCGACGCCUACGAUCCGAUGCUCGGUUAUCCGAGUCUCGCUACUACCAAAAGGUUCCAAGAUCGAUGCGAUCAGAAAUGUUCACUGCGGGCAGCCUCGUGGCUCCAGGCAAAGUUACCGUCCCCCCGUUGGCGUUCUAUGAGACAGGGGGGGCUUCCUUCUAUCUGAUUUUAUAUCUUGGAGCAUCUGUGGCCGGAUACCCUGGCAUGGCCCACGGAGGCUUGUUAGCAACCAUGAUGGACGAAGGGCUGGCGGGUUGUGCCAGUGCUGCUUUGCCGAAACGUGUAGCAGUAACCCUGUGCUUGAGCAUAGAUUACCGGAAGCCCGCCCCAACCGACUCGUUCUACGUUCUCAAAGCAAGGACCGUCAAAGUCGAUGGAAAUGCAGCCUGGGUGGAGGGCCGGCUGGAAAUCCUGGAGGGCAAUACAUCACAAGCCGGUGAGGUUGUGGUGGAGGGUCGUGGUCACUAUCUGGAGCCGCCAUCCACCCACGGCCUCUAUUCGCCCAUCUAA